UGGGCGUGUUUUGGUAUAUAAUACUUCUCCCUGAGAAGUUUUAGCCUGUCUCCUCGGUCUCUGGGACAGCCUUUCUUUCACACAUCACCUAACUAACAUACUGGGAAACUAACUCACCUGCAAGCACACCCAAAAGCACCAAGUAAGGCCAGCUUUUUUUUUUUUUUUGUUUUGUUUCGGGUUUUUUUUUUCUUCUUCCCAUUUUGUGACUAUACUGCCGACUGACAUGGACACCCUGCGAUCCAACUCACUUUGCCACACCUGCAGGGAAACGCAGCCCGGCAGGAUGAAGGUCAAGAAGAUGUCUUCCUCCAGUCGUGCGCUGCUCUUUGCACUGACGCUGAGCCUCUAUGCGGUGGGGAUGACCUCGGCGGAGACGCUUUGUGGGGGAGAGCUGGUAGACGCGCUGCAGUUCGUCUGCGAAGACAGAGGCUUCUAUUUCAGUAGGCCCACCAGCCGGGGGAACAACAGGCGCACCCAGAACCGUGGGAUAGUAGAGGAGUGUUGUUUCCGUAGCUGUGACCUCAAACUUCUGGAGCAGUACUGCGCCAAACCCGCCAAGUCAGAAAGAGACGUGUCGGCCACAUCUCUACAGGUCAUUCCGGCGAUGCCUCCAUUAAAGCAGGAAGUCCCGCAGAGGAAGCCGCAUGUGCCAGUGAAGUAUUCCAAAUACGAGCUGUGGCAGAAGAAGGCGGCCCAGCGGCUCCGGAGGGGUGUCCCCGCCAUCCUGAGAGCCAAAAAGUUCCGGAGGCAGGCGGAGAAGAUGAGAGCCCAGGAGGAUACGGCCUUCCACAGGCCCCUGAUCAGCCUGCCCAGCAAACUGCCGCCCGUCUCUCUCACCACGAACAACUAUGUCAGCCACAAAUGAGCCCGCUGCCAGCCCUUUGCACAGAGUUUGGAAGGACACACAAAAAAAGCCUAGGGGAUUAUAGCUUUGUCUCUGACGUCAUUUCUGUGGCAGUCCUCUUUGACCUCCCCUGCCCUGUCCGAGCCCACCAAUCCCCCCCCCCCACCAACCACCACCACCACCACCACCCCCCCUGCCCGAUUCUCCUCCACUUUUUUUCUUGACCCCUGGCCCCCUUUCUAAUACCCCACCCGCCCCCCUCAAACCCCAUCACCCUCCUCCGGAACACAAACAUGCCUUCACAUUCUUCCCGUCUGAACUUUUUUUUUUUUUGGCUAGCUCUUUCAGUCACCGACACAAAAGGCACAAACACAAACGUGAACAAUUCGGCCGAAUGCCAUUCAGGUGGACCCGUAAGCAAAAGAGUAAAUGGAAGAGAGAAAAAAGGAGAUGAAAGAGAUGUGUGUGGCGUGCAAGUGUCAAGAGGACACCCAGCGGAAUGUUUUUUUUUUUUUUUUUUUUUUUUUUUGUCCUCGUGGAAAACAACUCAAAAGUGAAGAAGAAGCUUGCAUGACAGAAUCCGUUCCAUGUAUUUUGUUUUUCCUGAGGCGAAAAAGAAAAAAAACCUCUUAGUUUUUUUGAUUUUUUUUUUUUUAAGUUUGCACCUCUACCUAUAAAGGGACUUCCACACUGUAAGGAAUUAUUUUGUAAAAUUAGAUUCCUGUUCCAGCACCUUUUGAUCACAAACAAAAUGCAGAAAAGAGUCUGCAGAAAUUGCACAUUGCCACGGAUUACGUCAAAGUAAAGAAAAAUAAAUGGCACUAUUUUUUUAUGAACAAUGAACGUGUAGCUUCAAAAAAAUGUCAUGGUGCUAGCUCCGGGAAAGGACUUCAAGAAGAGAUUGAGAAGCACGUUUGUUUGUUUUUUUUCUGUUUUUUUUUUUCUCUCCUUUGAAUGAAUUUAUUAUAACUUUCCGUUUUAAGGAAAGUGAGACUUUUUAAAAGAAAAAUAGGGGAAAAAAAGGAUAUGGGGGAGCUCCUGGCAGUGGCAAUGUCAAGGGGGAUGUGUCACUGAGAAACUAUGGGGGCUCUGACGGCAUCAAGGCUCACAGGAAAUGCAAGCGGCUGCUCAUCACUAGCUUGUCACACGUGGCAAGGGGGACUCGAGACCCUGUCCCUGCCCCUCUCCCCCCCCCGUGUCCCCCCGAGGCAGAUGGACACAGGGAACAUAAAUAUGGGACACCGUGGACUGCCUGGAUUUGGACAGUACUACUUCCUGUUUACUGUGGCUUUGUGGACUGCUCCGACAGGAAGUAAACAUAGCAUGGACAAGUGGGAUAAUUGAUAAGGAUUUUUGUUUUGGUUUUGUUCUUUUCUUUUCAUACCAAUUUCAAGGAAAAAAAAAAAAAAAAAAAAAAAAAGGAAAACCCCGCCUU